AUGCCGCCACGGUGCCGUUUCAGAGCUAACUUUGCUGACCUGAGUGGUCGGGUCGAAGCCGCUCUGCUCAAUCCUCUGGGCGCUGCCAACUCUCUUCCUAACGUCAAUCCCGUACCUCCUUUGAACCGCGCCCACUACCCCAAGGUCAAAUACUGGGAUCGCGAAACGUGGGCCAACUUCUGUCGGCAAAACCAGCACUCCAAGGGUGACUCCCAGGAUACAGGAGUAAGGGGCGGAACUCGUUGCACUCAAGACAUCAAUGUGGCUGCUCGUUACAUCCAGUAUUCUGAUGGCUCCGUGGUCUCAGGCCAACGUGCCGCCGCCAUGCGGCGAUCUCUCGAUACACUCUUUGCGGAGAUCCAUUCCAAAGGUGCCUCUAAGCCAUCUUUCAAGAAGCUAUCUGCAGGUGUUCUGGCCUACAUACACCAUCACAUGGAGUUGUCAUAUGAAGAGCUCAGAUACUGCUCCAAUCACUGGAAGACGGACGUGCUCGGUUCCGACAGAUAUUCUCCCUGGUACAAUCAAAAUGUCCGCAAGCCUGCCCUCGCCGCAGUCAAGGAGGAGCCGCUCGGCGCUGAAUCAACGGAUACUGAUAUGACAACGCGGAAGCACUCUCAUGACGUGUCAUCUGACACGGUGCCGGCCAGCAAGAAAGCUAGGAGCUCCUCCAAGUCUGCGACCUCGGCGACCUAUGCUCUUUUGGUUGUCGAUGACAACAACAACGGCAAUACUUCUUCAGAUAUCUCUGCUGACCCCCAGCCUCUGCAUUUUGACGUCUCUGACACGUUUGAAGCUAUCGAUGAAGGACCACCUAGCCUUGACGAGCAAGACCCUCAAAACGCCUCCUCCGAAACCGUCGACUCUCGUGGCAAACUCGGUUUGACUGCUGGAGAUGGGUCUGACACGCGCAAUACCAACAAGUACGGCACGUUGGUAGAAUUAGCGCGUGUCGUAUCAGGCGUCCCUCGUGCUAUCCUCGAGCCGUCCAUGGCCGUAUCUAUGGAAGCACCUGUCCGAUUGCCGGAGGUACCGGAAAAUGACACGAACAGUUGUGAACCCCGGCCCAAUCAUCUCGCGGCGUCUCCAACAACCAAGAACGCCUCCUCCGAAACCGUCGACUCUCGUGGCAAACUCGGUUUGACUGCUGGGGAUGGGUCUGACACGCGCAAUACUGACAAGUCCGGCGCAUUGGUAGAACUCGCACGCGUUGUAUCAGGCGCCCCUCGUGCUGUCCUCGAGCCGUCCAUGGGUGUACCUGUCCAUGCACCUUCCCGGUUGCCCGAGAUACCGAAGCAGGCUCCGAUUGCGCUGUUGAAGAUUACGGGCCCAUUUGCUUCGAUGCCAACCCCGAAAGCACUUGCAAAUACGUUGCAGACCGCGUCAACCGGCGGCACUGUGAUGUUGGCUUCGAAUACGACUGCUAACGCGCCGGUUGUCGCCUCCACUUCGCCCAGCGCCUCCACCUCGCCCGCCAUCUCCACUUUGCCCGGCGCCUCCGGGCCUUCGGCGCUAGUCGCCACGUCUGCCAAGGGGGUAUGGCAGCGUACCACCACCUUGUUAACACCCAGGCGUGUAUCUCAAGCUUACUCGUUCCUGUCUUUGCUAACCUGCCACAACAGGAACCUGUUCGCGAAGCAUUACAUUGAACAUCAUGGAAAAAGUCUUCGAGAGGAUGUAGAAGCCGCCUGGGUUGCUCUCGGACUCGCAGGACAGAAGGAGUGGGGCGGCAAGAGCAAAGCGGCAAAGUUGAAGACGACGGCGAAGCCAACUGCGACUGCAAUAUCGUAA